GCGGCGUUCAUUCCACGAGUCGAGCGCGAGCGUCGCGACGCGACCUCGGGUGGAGCUGGCUGCGAAACUGGCGACGGCUGCAUUUAACACAAAACCAUUUGCCCUUGAUUCGACACUCAGCUUUUGGAAGCCGACGUGAAUACACGCUAGUCUCAAACGCACUACAACCCCCAACUCAACAUGUCGAAGAUCGGAAUCAACGGAUUUGGCCGCAUCGGUCGUCUGGUGCUGCGUGCCGCCAUCGCCAAGGGCGCCCAGGUCGUUGCUAUCAACGAUCCCUUCAUCGGCGUUGACUACAUGGUGUACCUGUUCAAGUUUGACUCGACCCACGGUCGCUUCAAGGGCGAGGUCUCCGCUGUGGACGGACAGCUGGUCGUGAACGGUCAGAAGAUCCAGGUCUACCAGGAGCGUGACCCGAAAGCCAUUCCAUGGGGCAAGGCUGGCGCCGAAUACAUCGUAGAAUCGACCGGUGUGUUCACCACGAUCGACAAGGCUUCCGCUCACUUGGAGGGCGGUGCCAAGAAGGUCAUCAUCUCGGCCCCAUCUGCUGACGCUCCGAUGUUUGUUGUCGGUGUCAAUCUGGAUGCUUACAACCCGUCGAUGAAGAUUGUGUCGAACGCCUCUUGCACCACCAACUGUUUGGCUCCGUUGGCCAAGGUUAUCAACGACAACUUCGGUAUUCUGGAGGGUCUGAUGACCACCGUCCACGCCACCACCGCUACCCAGAAGACCGUUGACGGUCCAUCUGGCAAGCUGUGGCGUGAUGGCCGUGGUGCUGCCCAGAACAUUAUUCCAGCAUCUACUGGUGCUGCCAAGGCCGUCGGCAAGGUCAUCCCAGCCCUGAACGGCAAGCUGACCGGUAUGGCUUUCCGUGUGCCAACCCCGAAUGUGUCCGUCGUUGAUCUGACCUGCCGUCUGAACAAGCCAGCUACCUACGAUCAGAUCAAACAGAAGGUCAAGGAGGCUGCCGAUGGUCCACUGAAGGGCAUCUUGGACUACACCGAGGAGGAAGUCGUCUCCACCGACUUUGUUGGCGACUGCCACUCAUCCAUCUUUGACGCCAAGGCUGGAAUCCAGCUCAGCGACACUUUCGUUAAGCUCAUCUCCUGGUACGACAACGAAUACGGAUACUCCAACCGUGUCGUCGACCUGAUCAAGUACAUGCAGAGCAAGGACUAAAUUCUUUUCUGAAACAACCAAAUUUAAAAUCUCAGGGCUCGAUGCCACUGAUUAUUUCAACGUUGCGUAUCACAGACACACAUACACACCUACAACAGAAACCAACACCCACACCUCAAAAUAAUGUGAACCUUCUGUUUGAGUAGAUGAAACGUAACGGAAACAAACGCUACACGCGCUACGUUUUGAGACAACAAUUACACACUACUCUGUUUAGUUGAUAAGAUUAAUGAUAAUAAUUAUUAAAAUAAAUUUAGCUGCAAAGUAUGAAACAAACGAAACAAAAAUGCUGAAAAUUAAUAUACCUGUUGUGUAUUGUCAAGAAGUUGACGUUAUAACAAUCGCUUAAGAUUAGAGAGAGACAGACGGCGAUAUAUCCAUCAUGCGCGCACCGCACUCCGGAAUUCCAUCAGAUCAGUUCACGCGGAGAUGCAAUAAUCAUGUAUUUCAUUUUGAAAAUGAUGCAUUAUGGACACGAAUAAACAAUUUAGAUUGUUACUAGUCGAGAGAAGUGAAA